GUCAGAAACCAACGAUGUUGCAUCAGUGAAAUCCUUCCGGGUUGUAUCUCUGUAAACAAUAACAUGAGGGUAAAGCCAGCAGUGUAACCAGAGACGGUUAAAUAACUUCUGUCUGACACACUAGUCGUCCUCUGUGUUUCAGUCAUGUUGUUCCUCCGGACUGCGGCUCUCAGCCUCAGAGCUCUGGCCGCUCUGCGCUGCCUGCCCGCCGGCUACUCCGCCUCCAGAACCACCGCUACAUACAUCCAGGGCCAGAGCCCAGAACCACGGAUCCGAGAGUACUUCUACUACAUCGACCACCAAGGACAGCUUUUCCUCGAUGACACUAAAGUGAAGAACUUUGUCACCUGCUUCAAAGACAAAAAGUUCCUGGUCUUCUUCUUCACUCGGCUGCGUUCGAAUCAGAGCGGUCGUUACGAGGAGGACUUCCCCUUCUUGUCCCCGUGUGGCAGGGAGAGGAACUUUGUGCGCUGCGAUGACCGUCCCUUGGUCUUCACCCACCUGCUGCAGAGUCCCGUGGGGUCGCCAGGAGUCACGGGAGAUGAUCAGGAGCUGCUGUCGUACUGCGGCGGCGCGGAGAAGCUGUCCGCCCCGUUCCGCCCGGAGGCGCUGUACAUGCAUCCCGUCAGCGGACGAGUUUACCACCCCUGCUCAGAGCGCGAAGGGCGGGUCGGCCUGGUCAGGUCGGCUCUGGCCAUCGAGCUCAGCCCAUUCUUUGUUUAUGCUUCGGAGGACGGACAAUCAGGACAGCCUACGCAUUUUCUCUGGGGUGGACAGAAGCACGUGCUGACCAAUGAGCUCGCAGGAUGCUUCCCCACUGUGGAGGAGAGCAGCGGGCAGCAGGAUGAACUGGGAUAAUGACCAGAACUGGGCACCUUUUAGAUUUUGAAAUGCUGAAAAGCCAUCAGCGCCCCAUACUGGCAGUGGGGAAAGACGACCAAGUUCUCACAGUUGUGUGAUUGUUACUGUUGAAGUCUGAGCUGAUGUGUCUUCCUAUCCUAAUUUAUAUGAAGUGUGAGAAGUGGAUUAUCAUAUUCACUGAUGAUGCAGAGUGUUUUUGGCUUUUUUUGGCUUGAGACCCCUCAAACAAAGCAUUGUCUCCCCUCA